AUGAAGCGGAAAAGUAGUGCUCACAUGGCAGCAAGCGAAGAGGAAGGCUUACCAGUGAAAAAAAUAGCGGUGACGGCUUCAGAAGCUAAGAAAUGCAGCACUUUGGUGGAGAAUGACGACACGAUUGAUGUACAAAGCUUUUUGCUGCGCGACUGCCAAGAAUCAUCGAAACAAUUGGUGGCGCAAGCAAAAAAACGAGCAUUAGAGCUUCAACAACAGCUUGAAAUAGGCAAAAAAAGACUUCUUGAUGCAUUUGAUGCAGAAAAAGAGAAUUUUCGCGACGAUGGAGAAGCAUAUCCUCAAGCAUAUGUAGUCUCAGUACGAUGUGUGACCGGGCCAUAUCACGAAAUGAAUUUUUCGAUGGAAAUUAACGUGAAACGAUGUUCAUCCUGCUUUAUUGGCCGCUCUACUGGCCGAAAAUUUCGACCUCCACGGGGAUUAAGCAUGCCAAAAGAUUUAGAACUUUCCACAUCACACGCACAGAUUAAAAUGGAGACGACAGGAAAGCUCUUUUUCAUUGAUUUGGAUAGUACCAACGGCACCCGUAUCGAUGGUGUUGAGUUGGAGCCAAACGAGCCAUUUGAACUAGAUGCCAGCAAACCUAUUAAAGUUGAGAUUGGGGCCGGCGAGUUUGAAUUUAUGUUUGAGCAGAAGGCGUAG